AUGAGCUCAUUUUGUCAAUCUAAAUCAGUUGCAAAGCAAGUACUGGCAAAUGUGAACAAUGAUGAUGUAUAUGUUGAAAUUGAGAAACUUCAAUCAGCUGGUAUUAAUGUAGCAGAAAUUAACAAGCUAAAGGCUGCUGGUUUGUGUACUGUACUCAGCAUAAUUCAAGCAACAAAAAAGGAGCUAUGUAAUAUAAAAGGUUUAUCAGAGGCUAAAGUCGAAAAAAUUGUUGAGGCAGCUCAGAAACUAGAACAAGUUUCAAGUUUUCAAACAGGUACGGAAGUCCUUGCAAAACGACAGAAUAUUCUCCGAAUUACUACAGGAAGUGAACAAUUUGAUAAAAUGCUACUUGGGGGAUUUGAAAGUAUGUGCAUAACAGAAAUAUUUGGUGAAAAUAGGUGUGGGAAAACACAAAUAUGCCACACAUUAUGUGUAACAGCUCAAUUACCUACAGAAAUGAGUGGGGCUAAUGGUAAAGUUUGCUUUAUUGACACAGAAGGUACCUUCAGACCAGAAAGAAUUGCUAAAAUAUCCGAAAGAUUUGGUUUGCAAGGAGACGUUACUCUUGAUAAUAUUCUAUAUGCUAGAGCUUACACUCAUGAGCAUCUAAACCAGCUAAUCAGCGCAGCUGCAGGGAAAAUGAUUGAAGAGCGUUUCGCUUUAUUAAUUGUUGAUUCUAUUAUUGCACUUUUCAGGACAGAAUUUUCUGGUCGUGGUGAGUUAGCAGAAAGACAGCAAAUACUAAACAAGACUCUCAGCAAGUUAAAUAAGCUAGCAGAUCAAUUUAAUAUCGCUGUUGUAAUGACUAACCAUGUAAUGGCUGAUCCAGCUGGAGGAAUGACUUUUAUGCCCAAUAUAGCGAAACCAGUUGGAGGCCAUAUAAUUGGUCACGCGUCACAUGUACGUUUGAGUUUACGAAAAGGGAAGGGAGAGCAAAGGGUUUGCAAAGUAUAUGGAUCUCCUCACCUUCCUGAAUCUGAAUGUGUGAUACAGCUAUCUGACGGAGGGAUUAUUGAUCCAAGUGAUUAA